AAAAAGCGUACCAUCUAUCGCGAGAGUGUACUAGUUGAACUGCUUUCAAUCAUUGUCUUUCAAAAUGAGUGCUGACAAAGCGGACCCACCAUAUCCAAAGUCUCCGGAUCUCGACGGUCUCCCGCAACCAUAUCCCCCCCAAUAUCCUGAUACGGUAGUUGUGGAACAGCCUUGUCCGAUAAUCACCGAUUCACAUUUUGUUCCCGGACCAGAUCCAGUAAAUACCGUGUGUCCAUACUGUCAUAAAGAUGUUACAACUCUUGUGACCUACAAAACAGGAAUAUUAACAUGGGCGGGAUGUUUUGGGAUUUUUAUAAUUGGGUAAGUCUUCUCAUAUUUGUAUAUAUACAUUUAUGCAUAUCAUACUUCACUCAUAUUUCGAGAUUAUCAAGAAAAUUAGCUACGUAAUUCUGAAAUAUUGUACUCAACCGGAAAAGUAUCAAGCAGGUGAGAACUGGGAGCGUAUAUUUCUCUUUUGAUAAUAAAAUUUAAUAUUGCCAGUACAUCUGACAUAAGAUUAUUAGGUUUUUUUGAAAGUCUCAUACAACUCCUCCUUGACUAAUAAGAAGCAAAAACCUUUAGAAAUUCACUGUAAUCUUUAAUAACCUUUGUGUUACAUUUCACAUAUCUCCGUAUUUAAACUACAUUGAACAGUCCUGUCAUCUGAACAUUUAAAACAGUCAAAAAUAUCUUUAAUUCCCCAUACGUUUUUAUUAGUAAGAAUGAAUAAUCAAUUUGAUAUCCAUCUCAAGACCAUCAAGCAAAUAACGAUGAAAACAUAUGUAUAGAAUUAUUGGAAAUACACUCUUAUCAUUAUUGUAUAAUUCCAUACAAAAAAAAUUAUGAAAAUAGUAUGAUGAAAGUUAGCUCUUCAACAUAACAAACACAGAUCAUUUACAACCCUAAUAAUCCCAAUGAUAAAAAAACUCCUGGUCUCAAAUUCAUCUACGUAGCUGUUAUGCCAGAAAAUAUUUCGAAAAUUGAUUUAUCUUUAGUUAAUGAAAACAACUGAGAUAAACAAUUAACCAUCGGCGUAUAACAGUAACAUAACAAAUCUAGGCUUAUCAACUUGCUAAGCUGAUUUUUAUUCCAGUAAUGCACAAUCAAACCUUCAUAUGGCAUAUAAAUUCGGAUAUUUAUAUGUAGCAAUAGGAAUCAUAUCAAUCAGCUACUGAGUCAUUUUUCAAUAGUUCAUAUUCCCAAUAAGUUCGUUUUAACAUUCAGUGAUCCACCAUAUGAAUAACUGCAUCGCUCUCAACUUUUAUAAUUUUGUGCUUCCCAAAAAUGUGCAAUGAAAGAUAAUAAUAAGUUUAUUCACCCUUUAAAAAAUACUACAUUUUUAGAGGGAACAUUAAAUCACCAAGUUUAAGCUAGAAACUUUGCCCUUUUGGUGGUGUUUUGUUCUCUGAUGUCAUCCACCUGAGCUACUUUGCCCUUCUUAUUCAUAAACCUAUCAUCUAUGGUAAAGAAGGUGACGUUUUUAGUUUAUAAAAAAAACUCGCAAACUCAAGUAGUUUAAUUAUGCAGAUGUCUGUUUUUCAGGUCCAUCUAUUUUAAUAUAAAAUAAAAAGCUGUUUUGCUGCAUAGAAUAUGUUCUACUGAAAUCCUACACAGUUUAUAUAGCAUAAGUGAGUUUAUAUAACUAUUCCAAAAAAACGAAUAAUUCAACUAGCAUUUAAACGUAUUCUAUAUUUGUGCAAUUGAUAUCCAAAGAUCAUCUGAAAAAUAAAUGAUUAUGACAAUUUCAAUACAAAACCAACCUUACCUUAUAAAAUAAUAGAACUUUAAACUAUGAAUCAGUAACAUUAUUUCUUUAUCAUAUUUCACAGUAAAUUAUAGCAUUUAUGAGCGAAAAUUGUAUAAUUAAUAUUAUUCUAAACAUUGUAAUGUAUUCACUUCAUCUCUACACUGAUAGUCGAAUUCUCGUCUAACAGUUCGAUUUUCAAGGAAUAUAUGACAUAUUAUUAUUAUAUAAAAUUAGAUAACAUACCUGUGUAUUAGUGUCGAGUCGCAGUUGACUAUGAUCACCAUUACAAAUCGAUUACGUGCCACUUAUCAGGUAAAAUCCCUCCGUAGGAUAAAUAUUAAGAGGAUAGUUGUAGAUUGUAGUUAGGAUAUAUUUGUUGAUGAUCUCGUGGUAUCGAAAUAAUACCGAGACCGUGCCAAAGUUUACAGGCGGGACUACCGUGCAUACUUGCGUAAGUUUAAGGUCACAACCAACGGAAAAAGUGUGUUUUUGAUACAAUUAAACAAAAAGGUACAAUAAAACACUUACUGGUACAGUUGGCUAUAAUAAUAAAUGUUUCCAUUACACCAAUCUUGUUCUCUUCAUAAAAGUAGGUCAUUACACCUGACUGAUUUAUCGCUUCCACUAUAUCAUCACUCUGUAAAGAUUUAUUCGAUAUUUAAACCACUCUCCUAUUAUACUCUGAAACUAUCAUUUGUGCAUACUAUUACUGCUUAAAAUUCAUAAGAUAUAUUUGCAACUCCAUAGAUGUUGACUUUUAUCCAAAAUGUUAAGUUUUAAUACUUCAUUUUAUAAACAAAAAACUUUAACGGCUAAAACAAAAUGUAAUACGAUCCCGUUUUAACUAUAAAUAUCACAUUUAUUAAGUCGUUACAUGUUUUAACGUAAUUGUAAUCAGCUUUAUUAUUUACCCUUGUAAAUCAUAUAAAAGAAUAUCGUAAACAUAUCUACGUAGAUUAUGGUAUAGAUUUUCAGAACCAAUGAAAUUAAUUUCAUCAUAUGUCAAAACAUUUGAUCUAAUUUAUACAUGCUUCUUUAAUCAACUGACAAUAUACUUUCUUCUUUCUAAUAAACCAUUCC